AUGGCGGCUAUGAGAGGAAGAAGACUUCGCCUGGCACUAGCCUUCACAGGCGCAGCAGCAUGGUGAGUGUCAUCAACAUAGCUAGACCACUGGGCCGUGUCUAACGAACAUAGGGUCCUCCAAGGCUAUGAUCAGGCUCUGAUGAACGGUCUCCUCACCAUGCCUACGUUUGAGCGAGCGUUCCCUUCGAUUGAUACCUCCACUGCAGCACAAGAGAACCAAAACUCAACAUUGCAAGGCACGACUGUAGCCUUGUAUGAAGUUGGAGCAGCUUUCGGCGCUCUGUCAUGCUAUUUCAUCGGCGAACGCUUUGGGCGAAAAUGGACCACUUUCUCCGCCGCUGUUGCCGUCCUGAUUGGAGUCAUUCUGCAGACGACGUGCUUUCAAUUGGCUCAACUGAUAGUGGCCAGAAUUGUGACCGGUAGCUAACGCUUUUCCGAUACACCAAAAAUCAUGUCUGAGUUGACUCCGUCGCAGGUGUUGGUGUUGGCGCUUUCACAGCCACUGUGCCGACUUGGGUUGGCGAAUCUUCUGAGGCCCAUCAGCGAGGGAGCCUCAUCAUGCUAGAAGGUUCGGCAGCCAUCUUUGGCGUUAUGUUUGUCGGCUGGUUGGAGCUUGGUUUCUUCUUCAUCAAAGACAAUGAAGUGAGCUGGCGCUUUCCAAUAGCUUUCCAGGCUAUCUUUCCGCUCGUUGUCAUGGGCAUGGUGCCUUUUCUCGAAGAAUCUCCGCGGUAUACUAAGUUGCUCAUCGUUCACGUCUGGAUACUGCUGACUUCGAAUAGAUGGCUCGUAGCAAAAGACAGCAACGCCGAAGCUAGACGGGUUCUUAGCAAACUUGAAGACGAGUCAGAAGGGUCAGAGGUCGUCGCAGCCAGGCUUCAGAUCAUUCACAACUCCAUUGAGCUUGGCUCACAAGGACACUCCAGCAACCCAUUCGCGAAAACACCGAAUCGGUACCUCAAUCGUACACUCAUUGCAAUUGGAGUAAACAUCCUGGCACAGAUGUCGGGCGUGAACGUGAUAACUUUCUACAGUAACACCAUUUUGAAAAACAGACUGGGGUAUUCUGCUGUCUUGUCCCGGAUCAUCUCGAGCUGCUUACAGACGUGGCAAUUCUUGAUGGCAACUUCAGCAAUCUUCUUGAUCGACCGAUUUGGCCGCCGGAAACUUCUUAUCACUGGAGCUUUCUUCAUGUGCAUCGCAAAUGCUGCGCUCGCUGGACUACAGUCGGACACCACUAAUGAGACUGCAAAUGGCGUCUCGCUCCUCUUCUACUUCAUGGCUUUGGCAGCCUUUCCUAUCGGCCUUUUCUUGAUUCCGUUCAUGUACGCCAGUGAGAUCGCUCCAUUGCGGAUCAGAUCACAAGUCACCGCAAUGAGUGGCGGUUUCAACUGGGUGAGUUGUCAUGAAAGACGGUCCGAUAUGUGAUAGACUGACCACUCCGGUAGCUUUUCAACUUCCUAGUUGCAGAGAUCACUCCAGUUGCUUUCGACAGCAUCGGUGAGCAAUGCUCGAUAUGCCCCCUCCCUUGAAGCCUUACUGAUCUGUGUCUAGGCUACAAGUACUAUUUGGUCUACGUGUGCACCAACAUCCUCUCAGUGGUCGUCUUCUAUCUUUUCGUCCCAGAAACCAAGAACAGAACACUUGAAGAUGUCGAUGCUUUCUUCCUGACCGCCAACAACGCCUUCCAGCCGGUCAAGAUCGCCAAAACGAUGCCAGAGGGAAUAGCGGAAAAUGUCGAUAUGUCCAAGAAGAUGCCUCUGGAGGAGGAGAAAGUGGAGGACGCGGUCUGA